AUGAGGCUUAGCGCAAUUGCUGUUACUGUCAAGCCAUUCACUUCGCCUACUAUUCCAAAACUCACUCAUAACUCUGUUCCGUCCACCACCAGCAAUCCUUUGAAGUUCAACACUACUGAAAACGCCAAGUUUUCAUUGACUCCUUUAAAACAUAGCUCACUUUUCACUGACUCUAACUCAGCUAAACUCGCCAAGAAUUGGAUGGAGUAUCAGGGGAUUAAUAACUGGGAGGGUUUGCUUGACCCUCUUGAUGAUACUCUAAGAAGUGAGAUUCUAAGAUACGGGCAAUUCGUCGAAGCAGCGUAUCGCUCUUUCGACUUUGACCCAUCUUCACCCACUUAUGCCACGUGUAAGUUCCCCAAGAACUCUCUACUGACCCGGUCUGGCAUUGGAGGUGGCGGUUAUAAACCGACCAAGAACUUGCGUGCCACGUGUGGGAUUCAGCUGCCAGGUUGGAUUGAUAGGGGACCGAGCUGGGUUUCGACUCAGUCCAGCUGGAUUGGUUACGUGGCAGUUUGUCAGGACAAGAAGGAGAUCGCCAGGCUUGGUAGGCGUGACGUGGUGAUCGCCUUCAGAGGCACGGCCACUUGCUUGGAGUGGCUUGAGAAUCUACGUGCCACGCUGACUUCUCUGCCUAAUGAAGUGGCCAAUGUGGGUCUUAAAGGCAGUGGAGCCAUGGUGGAGAGUGGGUUCUUGAGCCUGUACACUUCUGGUACCGCCACCUGUCCUAGCUUGCAGAACAUGGUGAGGGAAGAGGUCGGAAGAGUGCUCAAAAUGUACGGUGAUGAGCCCCUCAGCUUGACCAUCACUGGCCACAGUCUCGGUGCGGCACUAGCUACACUUGCAGCACACGAUAUAAACUCCAACUUCAGCAAUGCGCCGAUGGUGACCGUCAUCUCAUUCGGCGGACCACGUGUCGGUAACCAAAGCUUCAGACAGCAGCUAGAGAAAAGAGGGACAAAGAUUCUACGUAUAGUAAACUCAGAUGAUCUCAUCACCAAAGUACCCGGAUUUGUUAUUGACAACAAUGAGAUGGUAGACAAGCAGGCUGUGAAGGUGCCAAGGCUGCCAAGCUGGGUUCAAAAGCGCGUGGAAGACACGCAGUUCGUUUAUGCUGACGUGGGAAAAGAGCUGAGACUAAGUAGCAAGGAGUGCCCGCACCUGAGCAAGGGAAACGUGGCAACUUGUCACGAACUAAGCACAUAUCUCCAGUUGGUAAAUGGUUUUGUUAGCUCAAAUUGUCCUUUUCGGGCAACGGCCAGGAGAGUAUUAGGUAAACACCAUCGGGAAAAACUGGCAAGUUUGUAGUUUUUUUUUUUUGUAUUGGAAGAGAUUUCAGGAUAGGCAAAAAAACGUAUGUAUUAUAAUUUGUACAUAGAGAAGAUUAAUUAAUUAGGCAUUGUAGAGGAGGAGGAGGGUAUUGCUAAUUUUUUUUAGGAUUUGGGAUACGCCAUUAUUAAAUCAUUAAUUGAGAAUGAGAAAGAAGUCCGUCCCCAGGCCAGAAUUGUAAUGUUUGAGUUUGAUGGACAAAAGGAGAAGGCAAUUCCAAAUUAGAAGUGAACAACCCAUGUUAUUAAUACUAUUGAUUAAAAAA